CCAGAAGCUAGCUAGCGUUAGCUGUUUACAAGUCCAAACUUUUAACUAGAGACGGAAAGCUAAAGCUACCAUCAACCUAACCGAAAAUGAAUGUAAUAGAUCAUGUACGGGAUAUGGCCGCCGCUGGUCUUCAUUCUAAUGUCCGGAUAUUGAGCAGUUUGUUGUUGACGAUGAGUAAUAACAAUCCAGAGCUGUUCUCACCGGCCCAGAAGUACCAGCUGUUGGUUUACCACGCCGAUGCCAUCUUCCAUGAUAAGGAAUAUCGUAACGCUGCCUGCAAAUACAGCAUGGCUCUGCAGCAGAAGAAGGUGCUCAGUAAAACAUCUAAAGUUCGUACUUCUACUGGUGGAGCAGCAUCUAACAUACAGGCUCAGAGUUUGCCGUCAGAAAUUGAGGUGAAGUACAAGAUAGCUGAAUGCUACACCAUCUUGAAACUGGACAAAGAUGCUAUUGCCGUGCUGGAUGGGAUUCCAUCCAGACAGAGGACUCCAAAGAUCAACAUGAUGUUAGCUAACCUGUACAGGAAAGCUGGUCAGGAGCGUUCUGCAGUGACGAGCUACAAAGAGGUUCUCAGACAGUGUCCCCUCGCCCUGGAUGCAAUCAUUGGCCUUCUCUCUCUGUCAGUCAAAGGAGCUGAAGUGGCGUCCAUGACUAUGGAUGUGAUUCAGAGUAUCCCCAACCUGGACUGGCUCUCUGUUUGGAUCAAAGCUUAUGCCUUCAUACAUGCAGGGGACAAUCAAAGAGCCAUCAACACCAUUUGCUCUCUGGAGAAGAAGUCUCUCCUGCGGGACAACGUGGAUCUCCUGGUGAGCCUGGCAGAUGUCUACUUCAGGGCAGGGGACACCAAAAACGCCAUCCUCAAAUUUGAACAGGCCCAGAUGUUGGACCCAUACCUCAUCAAAGGAAUGGAUGUUUAUGGCUACCUGAUGGCCCGGGAAGGACACCUGGAGGACGUUGAGGUCUUGGGAGGACGAUUAUUUAAUAUUUCAGACCAGCAUGCUGAACCGUGGGUGAUCUCUGGCUGUCACAGCUUUUAUAGCAAGCGUUACUCCAGAGCUCUGUACCUGGGAGCCAAGGCCAUCCAGCUGAACAGCAACAGUGUGCAGGCUCUCCUCCUGAAGGGGGCAGCACUGAGAAACAUGGGUCGCGUUCAAGAAGCCAUCAUCCAUUUCAGAGAGGCCAUGCGUUUGGCACCCUGCCGACUCGACUGCUACGAAGGUCUGAUCGACUGUUACUUGGCAUCCAAUGGGAUUCGAGAGGCCAUGGGGAUGGCUAAUAACAUUUAUAAGACUCUGGGGGCCAAUGCACAGACUCUGACCAUCCUUGCCACGGUGUGCCUGGAAGACCCCGUGACUCAGGAGAAAGCCAAAACCCUGCUGGACAAAGCACUGGCCCAGAGGCCCGACUACACCAAGGCUGUGGUCAAAAAGGCUGAACUGCUGAGUCGAGAACAGAAAUAUGAGGAAGGCAUCGCUCUCCUCCGGAAUGCUUUGGCCAAUCAGAGUGAUUGUGUCCUGCACAGAAUGCUGGGAGAUUUUCUGGUGGCUGUCAAUGAUUACCAAGAAGCCAUGGAUCAGUACAGCAUAGCACUAAGCCUGGAUCCCAAUGACCAGAAGUCUUUAGAAGGCAUGCAGAAGAUGGAGAAAGAGGAGAGUCCAACAGACGCCACGGUGGAGCUGGACGGCGACGACAUGGAGGGCAGCGGAGAGGACGGAGACCUGGAGGGCAGUGACAGUGAAGCAGCCCAAUGGGCUGAUCAGGAACAGUGGUUUGGUAUGCAGUGACCCCGGACCUCCGAAGGUUCCUCGGUCAGUACCACCUUCUAACACGCUGCAGCCUGUGGGAGCCUUCAGCCAUCAGGGCUGUCAAACAGACCAAGGGGCCGCACUGCUCCUCACGUCUCACAGAGGUUGACACCAAGCGACUGACGUUGCCAACUUUAGGGACAAUGCAACUUUGUCUGACGCCCCCGGUUUGCAGUACAGCUACAGGAGGACUUUAGUGCUUUUAUGGAAACGCAGCUUCGUGCAGAACUCCAGCCAUUUUUGACGUAACGUUGUUUUCCUGUCAUAUGGACAGUCUUACAGGCCCCUGCACUGUGAGGCUUCUUUUCUCACCCAUACAGUGGUUCAGUACAGCCUUACAGGACCAGCACACACUCAACCCCAGAGUGAAUGGAGAUGUGCUGUUCAGUAAUUGGCUGCAGUGUGUUUGUAACAGUGAAGUUGUAUCACUUCUGUUUCAUCUUUGCUGUCAGUCUGUGGUUAUCAGAAUAAAUGGAUCACUGUUCCUGGUCAUGAAAAGUACAACGUAAAGUUGAAUAUACUUGUUACAAAGUGAGAGUCAGUGUAUUUUAAGGACCUGCUUUGGAUCCUCUUUGAGGUUGAGCUCUGAGGUUCAUAGAGGGCAUUUCCAGGCAGUGGGAAAUGUCCACUGAAGCUACUGUUACAAUCAACAGGUGCGAUAGGAAAUUUUGUUUGGGCCAAAAAUGGCUGGAGUUAUCAGUGACGUGUUACAGGAGGGACCGACAAAGAGUUUUAAUCUGUGUUUUGUUUGAGCCUGACAGACUCACAGGUUUGCCACAGAGGAAGCAAGGUGUAGAUAAAGUGUCACAAUAAAAGUUGUGAAUGUGCCAGGACUUUGCGUCUGUGGCAGGCAAACAAUGGGUCUGUGAAAAAAGUGAGUAUGUACCUUAUCUCUGCUGCUCUUUGAAAUACAUCAUCUUAAUUUUUAAUCUGUCACAUUUGAAGUUUUGUGUCAUGUAACGUACAUGUGCUUUAUUUUUUUGAGUGUGUUUCUUCAGUCUGCCUUUCUGUAUCAAAAUAACCCAAUGAUUGACAUGACUUUUCAGUUGGGAUGUGUUACCCAUUUCAAGAUGUUUAUAGUAUUUUGUACAUAUUUUUAAGAUGUAUAAUAAAAUUAUUAAAACACUCACUUGA